AUGAUACUUUUAAACAAUACCAUCAAUUUGCUCAUAAAAGAAGAAAGAUUACUCGUAUUACGUUUCAUAGUCAUUGUUUAUAACCUUAACCUUAAUCUCAACAACUACCAGUAUGAAGAAGUUUUAUGGCCUGCUAAUCGACAGGUCACCAAAGACUUUUUAACUGAUAUUUUCACAAAUAAGAGGUUACCAAAACCUCUCCGCAUAAGAGUACAAAAAUACAAAGAAGAACUGAGCUUUAAGUUCCCUAAAAUCGCAACAAGAAGUCUAGGAUACUAUCCUCCAUGGUACAAACAGAACAUCAACUUUAACCUAACUAUGUGUGACUUUAACAGAAGUACAACCACAGCUGAAAUGUACCGAAACUAUUUUCUAACCAUCCAAGAACAAUAUAAAAAUUUUGAAGAAUACUAUACAGACGGCUCUGUCAUUGAGAACUGUGCGGGGUUUGCUGUCACUACUGAAAAUAACAUUCUCCACUUCUACCGCCUCUUUAACUGCUCAAUUUAG